AUGUUCAACCUGAGGCGCCUCGUCUCCUUCGCCCUCCUCAUUGGAGUCGGCCUGGUCCUUUUCUCCCAGACCGCCGAGGCGGCGAAGGGUCCCAAGAUCACCUCCAAGGUCUACUUCGACAUCGAGCAUGGUGACAAGGCAUUGGGUCGUAUUGUCAUCGGUUUGUACGGCAAGACCGUCCCUGAAACGGCCGAGAACUUCCGUGCUUUGGCCACUGGCGAAAAGGGAUUCGGGUACGAGGGAUCCACGUUCCACCGUGUCAUCAAGCAGUUCAUGAUCCAGGGUGGUGACUUCACCAAGGGCGACGGCACUGGGGGCAAGUCUAUCUACGGCGCAAAGUUUAAGGACGAGAACUUCAAACUCAAGCACACCAAGAAGGGUCUCCUCUCCAUGGCUAACGCUGGUCCCGACACCAACGGCUCACAAUUCUUCAUUACCACCGUCAUCACCUCCUGGCUGGAUGGCCGACACGUCGUCUUUGGAGAAGUCUUGGAGGGCUACGACGUUGUCGAGAAGAUUGAGAGUGUCGAGACCUCGGAAGGCGACAAGCCUCUUCAGACUGUCAAGAUCGCCAAGAGCGGCGAGCUUGAGAUCCCGCCCGAAGGCCUCGACGGCUCGGCUGGCUGGGCCGACGGUGUCGCACCCGUCGAAAACGACGCUUUUGUGGGAGACAACUCCUCAGAGGGAUGGUCACUCCUACAAAAGGUAGGGUUGUUUGGGUUUGUGGUUGCUGCCGCAGUGUUCUACAUGCGCCUUCGAAAAUCUUCUGGCGAGGAUUACAGGGAGAAGUUGACCGCUUAA